GAAACACCACCAUUGUGUGUGGAGGAUGAUACACAGGAACAUCCGCAUUUUCGCGGUUGACGUGACCGAAGCUGAGGGCGUGCAAGACGAAGGCGAAGAGCGGCUGGCGAGCAAACUUCUCUGCUAUCAAUAGCCGUUGUUUUCUGAAACGAUGGGCCGGACUUAAGGCGACUUUCAACGCCUGUCUGUUGUUUCAAGUCGUUGAUUCUCGGGACAGUUCAAUAUAUCAUGGUAUAUUUAAUGCUUUAUUUGCUUUGCCGCCUUCAAAUCAUGGCGUUUGCUUCCCUCUCUACUGAUGAUAUUUGGCGCUUUGUCUCGUUCAUGGUGUCACGAGUCGCUAGCACGCAAGGUAGAGGUCUCAAGUGUGUGAGCAGUGUUCGCUCAUGCAACGAUGCACACACACUGACCUCUUCUUGUGCAAUCGAACGACUGUACCGAGUGCGAUGAGUAGUGAAGAUACUCGUACCAGCUGUAGUAGCCGAUGUAGUGUCGGAGCAAAGGCCUCCUUGUAGAUGUUAUGGUCUUAUUCUUUUAGUUCAAGCUCAGGAUGGUAGCUUGGUUGUGAGCAGAGGAGGGCGAGUCCAGACAGCUCUUGCAGAGGCUCCGCUGAAUGCGGCCAACUACCUCUGUGGGGUUGUACUUGCGGGACAAUGAAUGCCCCGAACCGUAACAAGGGUACGCUAUGAUACGCUGGCGCGUGUUUGAGUGGUGUGAGUUGGUUUAUUUUAGCGCCGGAAUAGGCGUUGUCGUUUCCACAUUUGCUACGACCGGACCCACCGCGAUCAGUUCCCGCUGGAACCUUGUUGUGUGCAUUGUGAUUUUCAGUAGUCAUAACAUGUGUGGUGUGGGGAAGGUUUGAUGGUUUCAAGUACUUGUCGGGGAUAACUAUUUCUCCGACAUUAGUUGUUUUUGUUUUUUUUUGUGUACUUGUCGGGGACAACUAUUUUAUUUUCUCCGACACUAGUUGCUUUUGUUUUUUUGUGUGUUUCAUGUGGAAAGUCGCAUCUUCGAUCUCUAUCUAAAUCUGAGUAUUGUUGAGGAUAGAGUAUCUGCAUAUACGACUUCCCAGGGUGGGCUAAUGUAAUGGAGCAACUAGUGUAUGAACCUUGUACGAUUAUGACAUCAUGACAUGGAUAUUGUGUAUUUUCGUUGGUGGCUGUGACAAAUAUUAUAGCCCCCGUCCUGACUCUUGACUUGUGAGCGCGGAACGCGGGCGAGGUAUGAAGAGGAAAAACAUGAAAUCCAACAACUGUGAGUGAGCCAUGCCCCCGUCCUGACUCUUGACUUGUGAGCGCGGAACGUGGGCUAGGUAUGAAGAGGAUAAAACAUGAAAUCCAACAACAAUUGUGAGUGAGCCAGCAAGGAGCAGCGAACCUGUGCGAAGGUGUACCGAUUCAGAAUUUACCCCCAACUGGGAACCUCUUGUGGCCAGGAUGGGUAAUUCGAUGGAAGUGUCACAAGGUUCUUUGUAGGAUCGACUCCAAGAGGUGUUCUCAGGACUGACACACAUUGUGUCCUUGGGAAAAUAUCCAAGUCAGGAGAAAAAGUGUGCACCCAAGGAGAUUCGAACCAGUAUGCAGCUGACGCCAUAUGCGAAGGUGUACCGAUUCAGGGAGUUUCUACUUGGUUUCCUCGGAGAUUCGAUGAGUGAUCUGAAUUGCGUGACGGACAAGUGUUCUCUGCUGUCCCCCCUCCAUGAUAAUACAAGACUGUCUCAUCUCGGCCCUCACUGGCCGAGCUGCCUUUCUCCACAAACCUUCACUUCGGCCUACCUGGUUUACCCAACACUCUAGCGUUUGAACGACUUUGUCGAGGGUGAUUGGGUAAGAGCCAACCAGAGAUUGGUAGCACCGAUGGGCAGCCGCAUGCGCGGCUGACGACACCCAACCAGACGAAGACGCCACCAACGGCGAGGGCCUACACGGCAGCAGCACCCCCAAGACCUACAGCAGCGCCAUCGUUAGCUGCGCCCCGCCGUCUACUGGGGUUGUAGGCAUGAACAGGCACGUGAUGGCUUGUCAGUUUUGGACUGCUGUCGUUAUGUGUACACCCAUGCGGUGAUGCGGUACGCCUACAUAGUGCCGUCAGAUUCUAAACGCGGCAUUACGCCGUGCGGUACUGCCGUCAAACGCCAACACUAACUCCACCUCCACCUCCACCCGGCACUGCCGUCAAACACAAAUCUCUCCUACUCUUUCUCUAGUAUAAUCGCGGCAAUACGCCGCGCGGUAAUGCCGACAAACUCGAACUCUUACUUAAUCAAAACGCGACCAUACGUCGUGCGGUACUGCCGUCAAACUCCACCGCUCGGUCAAAGGCCGACUACCUGUAGCAAAUGGGUAGACCCAACCUAGGUUACCAGUAAUCCUCAAUAACUGAUGCCAGUUUCUAAACUGAUGAUACGAUGUGUGUGUGUAGGCAUGGUAUUAGAAAUAGUAUUGUGCGUAAUGUAAUGCAGUAAUUGGCGAGGUUUUGUGCUUUGUCUUCCUGACAGCCGUGCUGAGACCAACUUUCUCUCCCCGGCAAUAGCGUGAUCAACUUUUUAUCUGGGCUCUUUUUGGUAGCUACUUUUUGAGCAGCAGGUUUAGCCUGAUCAAAAUGCGUGAUCAACGUUUCAUCUGGACUCUCUUUGGGUAGCAGCUUUAACCUGAUCAAAAAAUUCCCAUGUCUUGGUUUUGUCAGCUAGUACCAGAGACGUGUGAAGUCUCAGCGACGUGCAACAUUGAUUGGUACCUCCACCGUGUUGCAGACUAAAAAUCCACAAUGUUGACGAAAUAAAUGCUGAUUUCCGAGUAUUGUUAUACAUGUCUUGAGGUUGCUAUUUGUUGUGAGAUUGCGGUUCCAAGUUGUUAAGGUUUUGACUCAGGAUUGAUUACCCUAUGGUCACAGCAGGAGCAGCGGCUGUAUUAUUAUUUUGUGAUCGAGGACUGAUCAACCUCCGUUUCAGGAUGAUAUUCAGCUAU